AUGGCUUCGAACGCACGCACGAAGCGCUCGCAGUCGAUCUGCGCGCCGGCCUCCGCCAGUAUGGAGGCGCUGGCGGCGCCGCCGGAGACCACGCCGGCCCCGCGCCGCCGGCCCGCCGCCCGCUCGCAGUCGGCACGCAUCACCGGCGGCCGCUCCGUCCGCCACCGCCGGCAGCAGCAGCAGCAGCAGCUGGACAGAGAAACCAGAGCCAGAUACAGCUCGGAGCCGCGACUCGCUGAGGCGGAAACGCCGCCGCAGGUCCGGCGUCAGGCCUCGGCCCGCCGCCGCCCGCCGCCCGGCCAGCACAGCCAGCCGCGCCGCUCCAACGCCUUCCUCGACGUCCCUCGCACCACCCACCAGCCCGAGGCCGAGGAGCCCGACGAGGACUCCUAUCGCCUCCGCACUUUCAACAUCACGCAGAAAGGAGGCAUAGUCAACCGAGGGGAUUCCUUCAGGCGCCGGCGGUCGCGUUCAGGCAGCCUCGCACCCUCAUCUCCUGCUCAAUCAGCUCCAGAACCUCAGGAGCGCAGGCCAGUAGCCUGUCACAGGGUGGCCAUGGUCGGAGCACCAGGGGUCGGCAAGACGGCGCUCAUCAACCAGUUUCAGACAAGCGAGUGUAUUAAUGCUUACGACAGACCUGCUGACGUCGACUGUUCAGAAGAGAAGGUGUCAAUAAUGCUAAAUGGGGAAGAAUCAGAAUUAUAUUUCGUUAACUGCACUAGUUCAAAGGAAGAAAUCGAGCGAAGCGAACCGCCUGACGCGUUCGUGGUGAUCUACUCAGUGGUGGACAAGGCAUCCUUCCAGAAGGCUGAGCAGGAACUGGCCCGGCUACUGGACUGCGACAUGCUGCGGGCCCGGCCGGCGCUGCUGGUGGCCAAUAAGAUAGACUUGGCGAGGAGCAGGGCUGUGUCUACACAAGACGGCAAAUGCCUCGCCUGCACCUACAAAGCGAAAUUCAUCGAAGUGUCCGUGGGCAUCAACCACAACGUAGACGAACUCCUCGUCGGAAUCCUGAACCAGAUCAGACUGAAGAGGCAGCAGUACGCAGAAGGAGGCAGGGAAUCCUCUCCCGCCCACUGGUACAAAUCCAGGGGCGUAGUCCGAGCAAGUAUGAAGGCCAGACAGAUGCUGACCUGGAUCUUCGGCAAAGAAGACUCCAAGUUCAAGAACUGUGAAAACUUAAACGUACUGUGAGUGGAACAGGACGGACCCGUGUUCGUCUAAUUGACUGUUGCCAGUGACGUGUUCCGAGGAGUGACGGGCCGUUGCGGUUUUGUAGUAUAUUUGUGACGUCAUAGAAUCCUUGGUCUCCAUCAUCUAGGUCUAGAUAUGAGUUUGUCGUUAUUCGUUAUUUGACGCAAAAGGAUGCUUUUAUUUAGAAAGAAAGAAAAACAUGUAUUUGGUUCCAACUUAAAAUAUAACACACAGAUAACAAAAAGCUAACACAAGUUAGAACCAAAAUUGGCCACCGCUCAGCAUGUGUCAUGCUCUGGAGUAGUAAAUAAAACCCAGAACAUGACGCUGUUAUUCUGCGGUGACCAUAUGCGGUAUAUUUACAUGUAUCAUCCCUAUUAUUAGGUGACGGUCGUAUCGUAUUAAGUUUAAUAUAUCCGUUUUCAGGUUACAAAGUCAAACCGCAAAAUAUUGCCUUAUUGCUAAGACGGGCAUAGUGCAAUCCAUACUGUAAUAACUUACAGCCUAAAUAUUGCAUCAAAGUUUUCUCGUUCAUCACUUUUACAUCAUCAAGGUAUGCCAAUUCAGUUCAGUCAGAAAGUUGAAGUAUCUAACUUACAACUGUUAUUAGAAGUAAGGUACUGACUGAACAAACACGACACUGCACUCUUACAGUCUUUGGCUACUAUCACAUUAGCCAAGUCAUAAAAUAUGUAGUGAAAGGUCAAAGGCAAAAUGACGGCAUAACAAGCUUAACACUAUGUCAUCUUAUGUAGUUGCUAUAAGUGCACUAUUACAAUGGCAAUUUAUAGCCAGCUAAACUGGACUCUACAUUCGUACUUUUCCCUCUGAUGGAAAACGACAAUUUACUUUCAGAUGCCAUCAGAAUUGAAUUGCUAAACAAACACAUCCGAAUCUCGAAGACUCUUUAUUUUCCUGAUUCCGUGGUUUGUUUACAAUUGUUUCCAUUCAAAUAAAUGGUUUCAGACAGCAAUAUCUUUUUAACUGAAGACUGUUUGGACUGAGCAAAGUACCCUGACUAAAAGAGAGCUUGAAGUACCUAAACAAAAUACACUACUUCAAGAUUUUUAAGCGAUAACGCCGCCUAUUUCAAGAAAUCGUUGUACCUACCUGAAUUUGGAAACUCUUGUAAAAAAGGUAAAAUUAGGCGCUAAAUACACCUGACUGAAAGAGUGUAAAGCACCCAGACAUAACAUGAAGAUUUUUAGCGAUAAGACCACCCAUUUCCAGAAAUAUUUGUACCACUGAAUUAAUUUAGUAAAACUUUUUAAAAAAGAUAAUCUAAUGACGAUAAUCAAGUAUUUUUUAAAUCUAAGUACGUUUUAUAUACUACAAAAUACGGAAUACGGAACCCAAGAGUAAGUGUUAAAUAUAAGGGUCUUAGGGUAUUGCUGUGCUGCUAUUGAUAUUUAUUAUAAUUAUAAAUAUAAUUAUUAAGCCAAAGAAUAACUUGGUAUUUAUCAAUGUUACAUCAUUAUGUGCCAAUUUUGAGAGAAUUUAACAUACGUAAAUAUAAGUUAGUUAUACGUUUAGAAUAACGUAGAGUUAAGUGAAAUUGUAUUUUCCCGAAAAUAAUAUUAUCAUUGAAUCGACGUAUCAGCAAUAUUAAUAUCUAUAAAUCUAGUAGGUUUACUGUAGGCACUUUAUAUAACAUGUUUAAUUGGACCAUUUGUAUAAUAUAAUAUGUAUAUCGAAUACUUUAUCUAUGUAUAUAAAUAUAAUAUGGUGAAGCUGUAAUAAUAGUUAAUAUUUACACUAAAAGCUCUGCACAGUGUUAGGUUCUGUUAAUUAAUAACAUUCUUUAUUGAAUCAAGAUAAUAAUAAAGCCUGUAGCUUUUUUCCUUUUGCUAAUCCUACAAACAAUAACGGUUAUACUUACAUAUAGAACGGGAAUGAAAAUUAUACGGCACAAUUAAAUAGCAAAAAUAUAAUAGGACCAUUAUAUUAUACAUAUAAGAUCUAUAUCCAUUUAAUCCUAUCCAUUAUAAAAUUUCUUGUACAAGUAAAUUGAAUACCUCCCUUUAAUAAUAACAUUGUGCCUAUGUGUUUUUAUCAUCCUACCAUAUUGGGGCCACACCUAUUGGAGCAUUCUACCCUGAAAUUUACCUACUUAUAGAUUAAUCUUCGUUACACACACACGUUUAAUAAAGGCUAUACAAUUUCUUUAAAUAUUGAAAGGUCGUUGGUUUAAGUAAAUCUGUGACUUUAAAUAUGGCAUACGUUAUAUUCCAUAACGCAAUCGCCACGUUCUUAUAUUAGAUACAAAAGUAAUAUUUACCUAAGUGACUCUAUCGAUUCGAUAACGAAUAUCAAAUUGUUUAAAGGCCUGAAUAUUUUACUUUUGUUAAAGAAAAAAAAAGAUAAGUCUAGUACCAAACAUACAUUUACUCUCUUACAUCUAUUGUAUUUACUUUCUUUGAUUCCUUAAAGUUUAUGAAUAUUCUAACUGACUGACCUCUAUUUUACAGACUAAUUUUUCUAGUUCUUGGCCCUCAACAUUUUCUAUGCUUAUUAAAUCUAUAUAAGGUAUUCUUAUCCUUUCUUACCUAAUAAUUUCCCCUUAUUAGUUUAUUAAUACCUCAGUGCCUCCCCCUUAUUACAUUUACACCAAUUAAUUAAGUAAUUAUAUCCUUAAAACUAAUCAGUAUAAAUCGGAAUUAUUCACUCGUAUAUAAUUAAGAUUGUAAGUGGAAAAAUUGUAUAUAAAAGAUGCGCGUGCACUUACGGAUUUGAUGUGGUAUUUAAACUUGUAUAAUAGAAUAGUAUAAUGUUAAUAUUUAAGUGAUAUUUUAUACUUAAUGUUGGGUUUUGCCGUAUUUGUGUUUGAUUGUGUAUUAUACGAUUUAAUGGUAAAAUAUGUUGAGAAUCCACGUGUAAAGUUUCAGUAUAUUCAGUUGUAUAAAUAUUUAAAUAAUCAAAAUGCCUAUUACAGAAUUUUCUGUAUAACAAUGACUGUUGAAUCUUUGGACUUUUGAAUUGAAUAGAUACAGUAAAUCAACUACAAAUUUUGAAACUAUUCCUGAAAACUUAUAACCUCUAAUGAAAGACCAACUCAAACUAUUGUAAUACCUAGUCCUUAAAUGUUACCCCAUAUUCAAUACAAUGUUAUAUUUCCUAUAUCUUUACUGUACCAAGUUCGUUUUUUGUAUGCCAUUAUUAUUGUAAUCCUAUAAAAUUGUUAUUAACCCUUUGAAUUUCGAUUCAAGCCAGUGCCUUUUAUUGUUAACGUUGUAUUAUAUCAAUGUGUACUUCGGUUAGUUAUUUAGAGAAUUCUAGGUAAUUGUAUACUUUUAUAGGUGCAUUCAAUUUCUUAAUAUUAGUAUUAAACCUUUUUGUCACCUGUCAUCCGCUUUGCAAUGGAGGGAAGUCGAAACUUAAUUUCGAACUCCUCCUAUGUUCUUCUGAUUAAUUUCGUUGCGGGUCCAAUGACAGUUUUACUUUCCCCCGGGAUAAACUUGUUCACUGGUUGGGUUUUUGUGGCGGUCAAGCUGUAGAUCCUGGCUACACAGGAGUUGCAGUGGUGGGAACGAGAGGUGGGAAUAGUCCCGAGAAAGUGUUAGUAUCAAAUUAAAAAGAAAGGUUCAUUAAUUUCUACUUGUAAUCUUACUUAAAAUCUAUAAAGUUGACACUCGCACGUAAAUGGAGAAAAUAUUAAAAAAUUGAAUGCACUCAAAACACCCGUUAAUUUGUCAUUAAAAUUGUGCUCGUUUUUAUUAUCCUCAUUUGAUGAGCAAAGCUAUCAUAGUUAUACUAUAGUCUGUAAGUUGAUAUAUUAUAGUUUGUAGAUAGUUUUUGUUAUUUCGACAUUUCUGCUCCCAAACGGACGGAUAAGUGUAAGCGACUAAAGUUUAGAAAAACAGCAAAAUAAAGUACUUACAUCAAGUGACUUAAACUUUAGAAAAACCAAUAAACAGAAGUAGGUAACUAAAACCAAGUUGAAACAAAGAUAUUUCUACUAUUUUCUAACUUCAUAAAACAAUUCUAAAGCUCGCCACUCGUAGUCGGGAGUAAAAGUUCGUAGACUUUCUAAGGAGAACUACGACGUAGCGAUUGUCGUAGUUUCUGUAGCAUACUACGAAGCGCCGUAGCUGCUACGAGAAAAUCAACCUUUGAGUUCCUUUUCAUACGAGAUUCUAUUCAUAAACGAGUAAUUGAAAAUCGGAAUAGGUGAAGGUUUUAGUAACUUUUCUUUGAAAAUAUCGUUCGUUCGUUUCAGCCGAAAGACGUCCACUGCUGGACAAAGGCCUCCCCAAGGAUUUCCAUAAAGACAGGUCCUGCGCCGCUCGCAUCCAGGCACCUCCCGCGACCUUCACCAGAUCGUCGGUCCACCUAGUGGGAGGCCUGCCCACGCUACGUUUUCCGGCUCGAAAAUAUCACAAGUACGAAAAUGCUUUAAUUUUUGAAACUGCAUUAGCCGUCAAUCACACGGUAAAAUUUAUUCUUGAGUGACCUUAUUAAGACCAAUUUAAAGAAAAAAAGUAGUUUUUGAGAGUACUAUUAUACCUAUGCUAUACGAGUACCUAUAUCACCAAAAGAAAGUUAUCUGAAUUUUCUAUAAAACCAGUUACUUCAUACAAAUUAAUCUUUUUAGUAGCUACCUAUUAUGGGACCGAUUACAUGGAUUCCAAAUAAUAUUUCCGCUUAUCCGUCUUUUGUUAUGGGGCAGAUUUGCCAUAAAGCAUUUUUACGAGCUUGCGUCGCGAAAGCCUUUAGUGUGUGAUGGUGUUGAUAGGUUCAAUGAUAAACCAAUGUACUGUAACACCAUAAAAGUGUUUCGAACUUCAUACAAAAAUCAAAGCCAGAUAUUGAAAACAUAGUUUUUUCUAGAGUUUUUUUAAAACUAC